AGUUGUGUAUAUACUGUGAUACUAUCCGAUCGAGGAAAAGCCACCAUGAAAGAGAGAUAGGGCGUGUUUUGCAAUUGCCGCUGCACAAAAGAUAAAAACGUCAGUUGAAACGGUGAAAGACAUUUUUCCAUCUUUUUCUGAUGCUGCUUCGAGAGUAGAGGUUGGCAGUCAUGAAUCAGAAUUUCGACCGAGCUCCCGGAGCAGGGAGAACCCGCAAUCUUCCAGCAGACUCCGGGGUCAUGUCUACCGCCGGGGACGGCGACACCAAAACCACGCUUUUCAACCAAAGGGAACCGCUGAGACAGCCGCGAACAUCCCCGCCUUUUGCCGAGAACAACAUUAGCACGGCCAAUGACAUGGUCGGUGGAGAAUGUAAAAGACAAAGCAAAACCCAACAAAGUACAAAUACCAACAGUAUGUCUGCCUCCAAAGAGUGUAACGAAGUGGAUUCUGUGGUCAAGUCAUCAAAGCUUUCAGCCAGUGCUCCAGAGUUUGUCCCCUCUGGAAUUAUCCCGUAUGAGGACCCCAAUUGUGAUGAUAGUGAAAUCUAUUACGGUGAACCAACCUUGGCUGAUAUGGUCACAGACUUUCUCGGCCACCUGAGCUCCUCACCCGGGUCCUUUGAGUCGGAUGUUGAAUACAUAACUGGCAUACUCAAUAGCUGGGUUACUACUGAAGAGUUGUUGCAGGAGCUGGUGGAACUGAUCUACACACAGUCCACUGCCAUUCCAAACUUCUCUUACACGGGUGCCAGACUCUGUAACUACCUGUCCCAACACCUUGCUGUCAGCCCACCAAGUGGCAACUUUCGUCAGCUGCUCCUGAAAAGGUGUCGAACAGAGUACGAACAAAGGGAUGUAGCUGUUCGAGGAGACGCAGACACUCAAAAGAAAUUCCACUCCUUUGUGCUCUUUCUGGGAGAGCUCUACCUGCACCUGGAGGUAAAGAGUGGGAAAGGGCAGCCAAACAGAGCAGAGAUCCUCCUCAUUGCUCUGAAAGAGCUGAUGACCAGUCUGUUCUCCAAUCCUGUGGAUGCAAACCUCAUCUGCGCUGUCAAACUGCUCAAGCUUACCGGCUCUGUCCUGGAUGAUGCGUGGAAAGAGAAUGAACAACCACACAUGGAAGAACUGAUCCACAGAAUAGAAACUAUUCUACUGGAUGCUGCCUGCAGCAGGGAUGUCAGACAGAUGCUUCUAAAACUUGUGGAGCUGAGGUCCAGCGACUGGGGCAGAGUCCGUGCUGCUCCAGCAGCUAGCAACGCUACACCAGACAAUGACCCCAACUACUUCAUGAAUGAACCUACUUUUUACACAGAGGAUGGCACACCUUUUACAGCAGCAGAUCCAGAAUAUGCUGAGAAAUACCAAGAGAUUAUGGACAGACAGGACUAUUUCCAUGAUAUCUAUGGAGAAAAUGGAAAUGAAGAAUACGACUUUGAAGAUGAGAUGGAGCCUGAGAUAGAAGAAGCUUUUGAGAAUUUUUGUUUAGAAUCAGAGAGGAAACGACAACAAUGACGUGACAGUGAAAAUCUGUGAGACUCAACAGGCACAUAUUGUAAUUUUCACUCUCAACUUGCUGGAAUGUUGAAAAGCAAAGGAAACUAGCAGAAGAUAGGUUCAAACAUUAAUUUUACUGCAAACAAGCAUUUUAACAAAAAGCUGUUCAUAGUUGCACUUCUGACAUUUUUUUCUGUCAGUGUGGAUUAGAGAAUGGGGACAAUCAAUGGGAUAAUUGUUCAAAAUGUUAAAGUAUGAAAACUUUUUUUCGGAAAAUGAAAGUUCUCUCUUUGUUGUUUUGAAUUCUUUUAAAAAUUUCUUUCAUUUACGCCUGAACUAAACGCCAAGAGGGAAAUAGUGUGCUGUGGAUUUUUUUUUGAGUUAUUUUCUGGAAGGCGGAUAAGUUUCAUCAAAUUGUGUGGAAAAUUUGUUAGAUUCUAAUUAAUACCCCCAUGCAUAAGUCAAAGGCCAAAAAUCUCAAAUCAGCGUCAGAGAUGCAUUAUCUUUAUGUAAAACACACUGUAGAUGGGUGAGGUGGUUGUUUUUACUACAUACCUACAUAAAAUGCAUACACAGCCUACAUUUCCACUGUUGUCACAUUGUGUCUAUGGUCAGGUUGCCAAUAUUAAAUACUUUAUUAAAGGCUAUUCACCUGUUAAUCUGGCUGCACUUCACUUAAGUGGUCAGAAACUCUGUGAAAGGCUGUGCAGUUUAGGAAAUGAGUUCUAGCAUUAUAACAGGAACGAAUACUUUAAUUCAGUCACAAACUGGGACAAAACAACUUUUUUUUUUUUUUUAACAUUUCUUUUGGGGGUUAAAGUCAACAUUUUGAGAAUUUUUUAAUGUUUUAAGUAAAUAAUUUAUAAUCUUGAGAAUGCUGUGCAUCUAAAUCCAGUUUAUUUUCUGAAUGUAGCUUUGAAUAUCUACACCUCUUGCAGUUUGCAGCAGUCAGUGUGACAUACGGUAACUCAACGGCAAAAAGCAUUCAGUCUUAUCCCCGAAAGACUAAAAGACUGUUUAUCAGCAAUUCAUGGAACCCAUAAAAAGGAAUGUUGUUCUAUAGUUUGUAAAUAUUAUUUAUAGUACAUUGUUUGCCUGCAAUAAAUUCUUUAUAAUGUGA